AACGUCUACCCGAACACCGUCAAAAAUAUCUCGACAAUCGUAAAGAAUAUUUAAAUGAACGCCAAGAAACCCACAAAAAAGAAUUGGAUGAACUUUAUAAAAAAGUAGAAAAGUUGCAAGAGGAAAAAACCCAAGUAGCGGCUCAAAUUAAUGAAACUAAUGAUAGUCAAGAAAAAGCCAAAUUACAGGCUCAAUUAGCCUCUUUGGAAAAUCAGAUUAAAGAUGUUAAAGGCCAAAUUAGUAAAAAAGAGAAGCAAGUUGCUAAUGAUGAAAAAGCGAUUGAUGAUUUGUUUAAAGAGAUUAGUAAUGAUACCUCUCUAACUCCCGAGCAAGUGCAAAGAUUGUUUUCUGUGGAAACGGUUGACGAUACCAAAGAACUGGACAUAAAGCGAAAAGGGGAAGAAAGCCGAAUCAAACUCCGAGAAUUAGAAUUAAACAAUGAGAAAGCGAUUAAUGAAAAAAACCAGGAAACUUUACUAGAAAUUGAAAAAAUACGUGCCAAGGCCAAAGAGGCUAAUCAAGAAAGUAAUCCCGAAGUAAAAAAAGAAAAGAAGGAAGAAAUUAAAAAAGAUUGGCAAGAAGUUAAGCGAAUGAUUGAAGAAAAUAAUAAAAUGAUAGUUGACAGUAUUGGUGAAAAGACUAGUAAAUUAGAAGAGCAGCAAGUGCAAAUUGCGGCUGAUUUAAAAGAUGCUCGCCAAAAGGGUGAUAAAAGGGCCGAGCAAAUUGCCUUAAAGGCGAUGGCCGAAGUGAAUAAGAAAUUAGGGUUAGUGAAGGGAGUAGCGACUAAUUUAAUAACUGGUAAAGAUAUCGAUGAAUUAGCCCAAACUACUGACCAGCCUUGGUAUCAGAAAAUUGGCAAUUAUUUUGUAGGAGGAGAAUGUAAUUAUGGUGGGCAACAUAAAAUGAGUGAUGAUUUACGACAGAUUAAUAAAAACUUCCGAGCGUUUGAUGUUUUAGUUAAAAAACAAGCCAAAAUCUCCCGAGCCAAGAAUGAAAAAGAUUUUAAUGAGGCCAAAAAUAAAUUGCUAACUUCUUUUCAAGAAUUGAAAAAGAAAUGUGAAGAUGAGGCCGGAGCUGGGUUCUUCUAUGGUAGUUGUAUUGGAUUAGAUGGUAACAAAGGUGAUUUCUCAGAAAGAAUUAAAUCGACUUUUCGGAGAUUAGCCAAAGAACUGGGUUAUUAUAUUGAGGAAAAAGAUCCGGUUAAGAAAGCCCGUUUAUUUGCGGCUCUUAGUCAGAAAAAUCAAGCCAUUAAAUCUUUACAAGUCGAAUUAAGAAAAGAUCCGGUUUAUGAUUUAUUUAGUGCAGAGAAGUCGGAGGAGUUAAGUAAUAUAGUCCGUAAUAUUUUCCAAAGCAAGCCCAAUACUUCCUUUUUUACUUGGAAGAGAAAAGAAGAGGAGGAAGCAGAGAAAGUGUCAGAAAGUAAGAAAUAUUUAGGCUUUAUUUCCCAAGAAGCGG